GCCGUGCCUGCAGGAUGGGGCUCCCAGGUCCCUGUCAGCUGGAGACGCUGCCCUUCUCUCUACAGUGACCCCGUGGGCCCCAGCUGUCCGCCAUGGGGCUCUUGUCGGACCCGUACCGCAGGCGGGCACUGUCCCGGCUCAUCCUCCGCCUCAACACCCCGCUCUGCAUCCUCAGCUACCUGGCUGGGCUGGGCUGGUUCCUGGGCUUGGCCUCCCCGCCCUUUACCCUGCGCUCAUAUAUGUCGGAGAACGCCAUGGGCUCCACCAUGGUGGAGGAGCAGUUCGUGUUCGGCGAGAGGGCACUCUCCUACGCCCGCGAGUUCGCUGGCCACAGGAAGAAGGUGGGGGGGAUCCCUGUGGCCUGGCUGGAGAAGACCAUGUGGAACCUGGGCCUGGAGGUUUAUAAGCAGCCCUUCUCCCGCACUCUGCCCUUCCCUGACGAGAUGCGCGAAAGAUACAUGGUGAAGGGCACAAAUGUGUACGGGAUCCUGCGGGCGCCACGUGCAGCCAGCACCGAGUCCUUGGUCCUGAGCGUGCCCUGCAGUACGGGGCAGCACAACAGCCAGGCUGUGGGGCUCAUGCUGGCCUUGGCUUCCUACUUCCGGGGUCAGAUUUACUGGGCCAAGGACAUCAUCUUCCUAGUGAACGAGCAUGACCUGAUUGGCAUGGAGGCCUGGCUGGAGGCCUACCAUGACGUCAACGUCACCGAGGUGCUCUCCUCGGGAUGCUGGGCCGGGCUGGAAGCCAUUCCCAGGCAGCCUGUCUCGGUGGGUGCGCGCGACGUUCAAUCACCGCUCGAUGUGGCCGUUGGAGGGCUGGGAACGGGCGCAGGCUGGCCCAAUCUGGACCUGUGUACAACCUUUCCUGACGCCUUCUGCAGAAAAUUGAACGGCUGCUGUGCACCGCUCCAGGGCAGGUGGAGCGGGGGGGGGCGAGGAGGGGGCCGAGGCACCAUCCCAGGCAAGGUGAGAGCGGGGGCGGUGGGCACCAUCCAUGGCAAGCUGCAGCGCACGGACUGGGACACGCUGCCGGCCUACGUGCACAGCCUGCAGACCCUGCUGCUCAUGGUGCUGAAGCAGGGCUCCGGCCGGCCACAGGGCGACCACGGCCUCUUCCUGCGCUACCACAUCGAGGCCAUCACCGUGCGCGGCAUCAAUAGCUUCCGGCAGUACAAGUACGACAUGGGCACCGUGGGCAAGACGCUGGAGGGGAUGUUCCGCAAGCUGAACAACCUGCUGGAGCGCCUGCACCAGUCCUACUUCUUCUACCUGCUGCCCUCGCUCGCGCGCUUUGUCUCCAUCGGUGUCUACAUGCCGGCCUUUGGCUUCCUCAUCCUCAUCCUCGUGCUCAAAGCCCUUGACCUGUGGAUGAAGCUGAGUAAAUGCGAUGUGGGCCCUGAGGAGCAGGUCUGCGAUGGAGAUCGGAGUGCUGCCCACGCUGCCGCUGAGGAGUCACGUCCUGGCCUGCUCACCCUGGUGCCACCUCUGCUGAUCUGCCAUGCCAUGGGCCUCACCCUCUACUUCCUGCCUGUGCUGGGCCAGCAUGUGGCCACCCAGCACUUCCCCGUCUCGGAGUCGGAGGCUGUGGUGCUGACGGUCAUUGCCAUCUAUGUGGCUGGACUGGCGCUGCCACACAACACACACAGGGUGCUGACUGGCUGUGGGAGUGAACGCAGCUGGAUGACCCUGAAGCUUCUCUCUCUGCUUUACCUGGCCAUGCUGCUGGGCUGCAUCACCCUCAUUAACUUCUCCCUGGGCUUCCUGCUGGCUGUCACCAUGGUGCCCGUUGCAGCCAUCAUCCAGCCGAAAGGCCCCAAGUAUCUGUAUGCAGUGCUGCUGGUCCUGGUCACACCAGCUGUCACCCUCCUGCUCAGCAUCGUCCUGUACCAGGAGCUGAUCGAGUACCCCAUCUCGGCACUGGAGUGCUGGCAGCUCUUCCUGCAGGCUGUGUCUGAGGGCCUGCUGGACCACUACCUCUACGGCUCCAUCGUCUUCCCCUUCAUCGCCCUCUUUGUCUACCCCUGCUGGCUGCUGCUCUGGAACGUGCUCUUCUGGAAGUAGCCGGGCCCCUCUGCCUCACCCCACAUCUCCUGGGAGAGGGGAGUGGCCCCCGCCUGGCCACUGGAUCCCAGGAUCUGGGACCUGCCCUGGAGCCAUCCCAUGUUCUCAGGGUGGAGCCUUGGGUUGUUCUGGGGCCUGCAGCAGGAGUUAGUCCCCCUUCCUUGUGCUCAGUGGCCUCCUUGGGGAAGGCGGAGCCAUAAUGGUCCCAGAGCAGGAGGGUGGCCUGGGAUGCCCUCUGCCUGUGCUCCACUGAACUCAGCUGUCCCUGGGCAUUGCACACUGGGACCUUUGCCUUAGGGGAGCACCUGCUAGCUGGUGCAGGGGGAGGGAGGCACAGGGCACUGGGCUGCCUGCAUGGGAGCAGGGAUGCUUUGGCCCUGCUUGUUCCCACAGCCAGAAGGCAGAUGGCUGGGAGGAGGCAGCAUGGCAGGGCGCCACUGAAGACACCGGUCCCCUUGAGUCUAUGUGUGUGUGGGGGAGCAGAGGGUGCUCCCCGCUCUUCCUCAGCCAUGGGCUGGACAGGCCUCCCCCAGCACUGGGAGAGGAGGGGGCUGGGGCACGCUGGUUAGCACACUCCUCUGCUGUAUACAGGUGGGCCAGGCCCCCAGCGGACUGGGCUGGGGGAAUGUACAGGGGUUGGAAAGGCAAGUGCAUGCUGGGACUAUU